GGUGGCGCGGGUUCCCCUCGAUGGGCGGGCAGGUAAGCGCGUCCGGCGGCGUCCAGAGCCUGCCCCGCAGCAUGAACAUGAACGCCAAUGCAGACUGGAUGUCGGCGCUGUGCCCCCGGCUGUGGGACGUGCCCGUCCACCACCUCUCCAUCCCGGGGAGCCACGACACGAUGACCUACUGCCUGAACAAGAAAUCCCCCAUUUCCCACAGCCAGUCCUGGCUGCUGCAGCUUCUGGGCAAGCUCCUGCCGUGCGUCACCCAGCCCAUGGUGCUGAAGUGGUCCGUCACCCAGGGGCUGGCCGUCACGGAGCAGCUGGACGCGGGGGUGCGGUACCUGGACCUGCGGAUCGCGCACAUGCCCAAGGGCCCCGACAAGAACCUGCACUUCGUGCACUCCGUGUACACGACGGCGCUAGUGGAGGACACGCUCACGGAGAUCUCGGAGUGGCUGGAGAGCCAUCCCCGGGAGGUGGUCAUCCUGGCGUGCAGGAACUUCGAGGGAAUGACGGACGACCUGCACGAGUACCUGGUGGCCUGCAUCAAGAACAUCUUUGGGGACAUGCUGUGUCCCCGAGGGGAGGUGCCGACGCUGCGCCAGCUGUGGACACGGGGCCAGCAGGUCAUCCUGUCCUAUGAGGACGAGGGCUCCGUGAACCAGCACCCGGAGCUGUGGCCGGGGAUCCCCUACUGGUGGGGCGACCAGGUGAAGCCUGAGGAGCUGGUGCGCUACCUGGAGCGCAUGAAGAGCGACGGCCGCCCAGGCGGGCUGUUCGUGGCAGGCAUCAACCUGACGGAGAACCUGGGUUACAUCCUCGUGCACCCGUCUGAGUCCCUCAGGAAGAUGACGCUCCCCCACCUGCCGUACCUGAGCACGUGGGUCCGGGCGCAGAGCCCGGGGCCGGGCGCCCGCUGCACCAACGUCAUUGCGGGCGACUUCAUCGGGGCGGACACCUUCGUCAGCGACGUCAUAGGGCUCAACCAGAAGCUGCUAUGGGGCUGA